UAAUCACUACACACUAAUCACUCUAAUCUCCAAAUUUAUAGUGUCACAAAUAUGAGUGACGAUGAAAAUGCAGUGCGUUUUGGCAUUCUUGGCUGUGCUAACAUCUCCAUCAAGCUAUGCAAAGCCAUAAACAAAGCACCAAACUCCAAGCUCCAUGCCAUAGCCAGUCGUUCGGUUGAAAAGGCUGAAUCUUUCGCGACCGAGCACAACCUACCUAAGACGGUUAAGGUUUAUGGAAAUUACGAGAAUGUGCUGGAAGAUGAUGAAGUGGAUGCCGUUUAUAUUCCUCUUCCGACAGGUUUGCAUGUGACAUGGGCGGUGAAGGCGGCGGAGAGACGGAAGCAUGUACUGCUGGAGAAGCCGGCGGCGAUGAGCGUGGCGGAGCUUGACCGGAUUCUGGAGGCUUGUGAGGCUCAUGGGGUGCAGUUCAUGGAUGGCACCAUGUGGAUGCACCACCCUCGAACGGCUAAAAUGAAGGAGGCUUUAUCUGAUGCUCAACGCUUUGGUCAACUCAAAUGGAUACAGAGUUGUCUGACGUACAACCCUGGUCCUGAAUUUCUGAAAAGUAGCAUUCGCGUGAAGGCAGAUUUAGAUGGUCUUGGUGCCUUAGGAGACUGUGGUUGGUAUUGCAUCAGAGCCAUCUUAUGGGCUGUGGACUAUGAGCUUCCAAAAUCAGUGGUUGCAUUCCCAGGAGCCAUUCUCAACGAAGAAGGUGUCAUAAUCUCUUGUGGUUCUUCCAUGCAUUGGGAAGAUGGAAGAUCUGCUACCUUUCACUGUUCCUUCUUAUCCCACCUAACCUUCGACGUAACAGUUUUGGGAACAAAAGGGUGCCUUCGUCUGCAUGAUUUUCCCCUUCCCUUUGAAGACAACUUAGGGUAUGCCACCUUUUUGGAGGCCUCAGAGUUGGAUUAUGCCAAGAUCGAACCAGGAAUGUGGUGCCCUAAGCCCAAUGAGCAUGUUGUUGAGACACAGUUUUCUCAAGAAGUUUGCAUGGUUAUGGAGUUUGCUGAUUUGGUUCAGAAGGUUAAGAGAUGUGAAAUGAAGCCUCAGAAGACUUGGCCAGUUUUUACCAGAAAGACUCAACUUGUGUUGGAUGCAGUGAAAGACUCCAUUCACAAAGCUUACCAAUCUGUUCAAAUUGUGAGUUAAAAGAUGAAUCAUAUAUAGCAAUUUUUUCACAGCAUUUCUCUAAUUUUAUCUCAGUAAA